AACCGAACAACCAAAUAAACAAAGCCAGAUGGAAUUCUAGCAACUUAAUUUUCCCAGCUGGGCAGAUCCUUGUGCUUCCAGAUCUCCUGAGAACUGGACAGGCUUUUAACAGGAGGAAUCUUAUCUUUGAUGUUAGGAUCUGCACGCUCAGAUUGAUCUAGUGCACAAUUGCUGAGAAGUGUACAGGAGCCUUUGCCAUCCAGGCAGCAUCUUGAGGAACAAAGAAUUCUGGGAAACUGACAAGACUGGACGUGAACUGCUGAGGAAGGCAGGUGCACGUGACAAAAACAAGGGAGAAGAAAGUGAAGUGCAUGAUGAAAACACAGAGCAGAGGUCGUCUGGGAGGAGUGCCCUCAGAAAGAACUGUAUCCUCUCUUUUGCUCACAUUCAUCAUUGGCAUGUGUUGUGUUCAUGCGCUGGAGAUGUCUACUGGUAAGGUUCCAUUUCUGGAUGCAGUGAACGGCAGCACAGUCCUUCUGCCCUGCACCUAUGCCAGCUGUAUUGGAAUCACUAACCUCUACUUCAAAUGGGAGUUCAAUAAUAAUGGCACCAUGCAGAAGAUGGCUGAUUCUGUAAUUCCAACUGAUAAUGUGGAGCCAAAUAAAGUAAACAUUUACCGUGAGAGGGUGGAAUAUGUUGGCUCCAGUAAAGGAAAUAACAUCUCCAUCCUGCUUUGGAAUAUAACAUUUGAGGAUGCAGGCAUCUACAUCUGCUUUGGCAAAAACCCCAAAGAGAAGGGCAAGAAUCACAGCGCCAUUUUCACUCUACAUGUAGUAGAGGAACUAAGGGAGGUUGAUAACACACUCACCAAAAUCAUUGCUUCCUGUGUUGGUGGAUUCAUCGCUUUGUUAAUGGCCUUCAUGCUGCUAAAGAACCUCACUCUGUUCGUUCUCGCAAAGAUUGAGGAAAAAAAUAAGGAGUGCCUUGUCACCUCCUCAGGGAAUGAUAACACAGAGAACGGGGGUCUGUCGGGCUCCAAAUCUACACCAAAAAAAGCAUGACACUGUGCAACCAAACAGAGUCACACAUGCAAGUGAAAACAUGGAUCAGCCACCAAGCUGUGCCCUCUCUGUUAAUUUACAUCCGUGUUUACAAAUGCUA